AUGUUGCCGAUCGGAAGCACGCAACCGAUCCCCGGCGAAGCUCCGCGGCUGCAAUCGGUUGGACCAGUCACUGUGGCUUCGUACAGGAGAAGACAUCAGUUGGCGGAGGAGGUGCCAGGACUCUACAUUCGGCGCCUCACGCUCGAGGACCCCAGGAGUGCGAGGGAACCGUCGAGUUCAAGGUCGCAGUCCCCGGCACGCCAUAUCUGUCAUCCAACCACCGGUUACGUGCCCUCUUCCAGGAGAUCCUCGAGUUAUAGGUCCUGGCUGGAGAGGAUCAGGAAGGAAAGGCCGCCGUUCCUAACGAUCGUUUCCCUGGAGCUUCCAGAAUCCCCGAUUCCCCUGAUCGAAUCACAGGCGAGCGCGCGGUCCAGGGCCGUCGAUACCAAGGACGACGUUUCGGACGAGCUUCUGGAGAAGGUCACGAGCACUGAAAGCGGAAGCGAGACGGAGCCGGCGGCCAGAGGAAGGAAAAGAUCGUCGAGAUCGAGGAAGUCUCGGGCAGCCGGACGCAAAGGAGGCGAGGAGUUCCUGGAAUGUACCAAAGGAGCACCAACCCUCGAAGAAUGCACGAAGAACAUUGUCGAAGGAGCCGGUCGCCUUCGAUUAUCGAACUUCAACCUCGAGAAUGCGAACGAUUGCAUUUGCUCCGAGGUAUCCGGAAACGUUCGCGCCGACAUUGAGGGAGACACGGAAUCGCGAUCCUCCAGCCCGGAAAUAACUCGUACCAUACGGAUCGCGAUGAGGCAGCACGACCUAGCGGGUUGCAAGCUCUGCGACGACGACGACGAAACGGAAGGAAAUGGUAGAUCGAGGCCAGAAACGAACGGCAGGAACGUUACGAGGAAAGAGUCCGUCAAGGACGAGGACGGCUGUAACGGUGUGAGCGGCGCCUUAGAUUUCACGUUGAAUUGCAGCAGCGUGCGACUGACGUGCCGUGACGCGAAUCUCAGGAUCGGGACUGGAUCCGGUGAAAAGCAACGGAGGGGACUCGAAACGCAAAAUUAAUCUGCGCGAGGUUUGUCCGCGAAUCGUUCAAAUUCGUCGCUGGACAAUGGAGAGCCCCGUUAAUUGUUCUCCCUUACUGAGAAGAGAGAAAAAUGUUUCCGGCUUUAAAUGAAACGGUGAUGAAAAUUGCAUUGUUGCUUGAUGGAGAAAAAUCUGUUGCGAUGGAAAUUCAGGAGAUUUUAAUUUAAACUAGGUAUAGAAUUUCACGAGUAAACUGAACUGUACGAAGUUUCUAUUUUAAACAGUGGUAAAUACAAGUCGAAUAUCGAUCGAUAGAAUGAUAGCAUCGCUAAUUCGAAAUCAUUGUUUUCGUAACCAGUAAAUUGUUUUACUGAAACAUGAAUCGCCACGGUUCCAUUCUAAUCCGAAUUACGGUAGCAUCGUGGCGACCAAGCAGAAAGGAAUUCGGUGGCUGGAGGAUCGAUCCCUCAUCGCGGGAACGACCGAAUUGAAGGAAUUCCGUGGCUGCGAUCGCCGACGCCAUUAGGCCUCUUGUUUCCUUCCUAUUAAACCUUCCCAUUCGGUGAAAAGAGAUCGGAUAAACCCCGCAAACGUGGGCCCGGAACCAUGAAUCUCCCGCGCGGCAAUAAAUCGCGAAUCGUUGCUUUCGAUUUCCACGAAACGCCCAUGGACAGACGCGCACACUAUCGGGACCGCGCGGCCAGUUAGCUUAUUAAUUAGCUCGCCUAAUAAAUCGCGACUGACCCAUGGAACGAAACGGAGAGAACGUGUUAGUCGCCGUCGUCUUGCGUACUAAAAAGAAGAGGAGGAAGAAAAAGCAGCAGCAGCAGCAGCAACAGCAGCAGCAGCAGCAUCGGUACGAGUUUCGUCUCGCGGUGGACCAGAGCGCAAGAGAUGAGAAUCGUGAGUCUAGGCUGGCCCCCUCGGAAGGCCAAGCCGGCCCAAACCGGGUGAGAGAAGUUGGCCGGCUUCUCUCCUCUUCGUUCCACCUCUCUCCUCGUUCCCGUGUCCUCUCUAAGUCUCUCCGAUCCCUCCUCUCGCGCGCGCUUCGACGCUCCGUUCCUCCUCGCAUUUUUAUUUUGUCUGUGCUCUGCUGUGUGCGCUGCUCCUUCGUAGGGCGAAAAUGGUUCAUGGCCGUUCCUAACUGCCGAUUUGGCCACGGAUCCUGCCAGAAGGAUCGAUCUCUCCACUUCUCGAUUCUCCUGAUUGUUUCCUCUAUUAUCAUUUCCAUAUUCUGAUUAUUCACCUAGUUUUCUAGACUUUAUCUACUGUAAACAAACUUUUUAUUCAAUUCUUUUUAUUCAAUUACGCACACUUUCGCUGAUUACAUUUUUGUACCGCUUAUAUUCCAGUUUGAUUUUCUUUUUCAUUUUCUUUUUUGAGGAAUGAAGCUGUUUGUGAAUGGAGCCGUUUUGUUACUAGAAGAAUAGAUUCGGCAGCGAUUAGCGAGUAAGACAGUGAAUAGGGACAAUGUUCGAAGACAAGUGAUCGAGUUAAGUAGGUAUUCUAAAGAGUACUUGGCCGCGCAGCAUCCGUAACUAUGUAAGCGAGGAAAAAACUAAUGACGGUGGGUCUCGGACGGAGUAACCGAGGCUCGAGGAAAAGGACGAAUGUCAUUUUAAAGGGAAAAUAAUGACGCGGUGGAACGUUCGUUCGUUUAUGACACCGUAAUUACGUGAAUGCCGUGAUUAAGCGAAUUCUGGUUUUCAACGACUCUCCUAUAUUUUCAUAUAAUUUGGUCAGUGAACGAGUAUGAGAAUGUUCAGUAUUCUUCUCUAUGCUUCGACAGACAUAAAAUUGAUCUGCAUAUGUUCGUAGAUUAAAAUUUCAAGUGACCGUCCGUGGAUUAAUACUUAUAUAUGGAGACCAUUUAGUAUUAAACGAAGUGAAUGAUAUGGCCAAAACGAAAUAAUGAAAUACUUCCCUUCUUCAAAAUUCAU